AUGUCAGCAAAACCCCUGGUAAUCAUCAACAGUGCCAAGACACAAUUGGACAAUGUUCAUGAGAAGGUCAAUGAAACCACUAAGGAACAGAAGGAAGCAGCCAAAAGCAAUGCGGAAAAGGCUGGCGAUGCACUACCUAAUUUGGCCAAGGAAGCUGGAUCAAAACUUGGUGGUAUGGUCAAUUCGGGUGUGCAAAAAGCAAAGGAUGACCUCAGCGGCAACAACAAUGAUUCCGCAUCCAUGGAUGGCAGCAUUGAAAAGAAGCAAAUCAAGCACCUUAAUGACCUCAGCGGCAACAUUAAAAAGGCCAGAAAUCAACCAAGCACCUUAUGA